AGUCAGUAGAGUCAGUUGGUGAAUAGAACUUAGACAAUUUUAUUCCAAAAUUAUUCAUACGAUCGCGAAAGAGGAACCUUUCUGCUUUACUGAUUUCCCCACAGACAAGAUAAAUCGACUGUAGAUUUAUCUUUAAAAAUGUCUGCCAAAGCGAUCUAUGAAUCUGACGGUAAAACACUGUUAUCAAAAUAUCUGGACACCAGCACGUCCUACGUGCAAAAUCGGUUUAUAACUAUUAAUAAAGAAUCGAAUUGGGAUGAACUGAUAGAGAAAAAUCCCUGGUUGAAGCAAGAGAAAUUAGCUGUGAAGCCAGAUCAGUUGAUCAAAAGACGUGGAAAACUUGGCUUGAUUAAAGUGAACGUUGGGAUUGACGAAGCAAGAAAAUGGUUAGAAGAAAAAAUGGGUAAAACAAUUGAGGUUGGUUCUUCUAGUGGUCCACUAAAACGCUUCAUAAUAGAACCUUUUGUAGCUCAUCAACAGAAUGAGGAGUACUAUGUGUGUAUUCAUGCCCAGCGAAACUGUGACACCAUCUUGUUUCAUCAUGAAGGAGGUGUAGACAUUGGUGAUGUUGAAUCCAAGGCCCUGAAAUUAGAUGUUGCACUUGAUGAAAAAGUAACUGCUAUAUGGAUUGAGAAGACACUAAUGGUUGAUGUUCCAGAAGAAAAGAAAAAACUUCUGGCUGAAUUUGUCCAUGCACUUUUUCUACUUUAUACUGAUCUUUAUUUCACAUAUAUGGAAAUCAAUCCUCUAGUUAUGGUUGGCAAUAAAGUGUAUGCGUUAGACUUGGCUGCAAAACUUGACCAAACUGCAGAUUUUAUUUGUAAGACUAAAUGGGGUGAAAUAGAUUUUCCUCCACCAUUUGGUAGAGAUGCUUUUCCAGAGGAAAAAUACAUAGCUGAAUUGGAUGCCAAGAGUGGAGCAUCACUUAAACUAACCAUCUUGAACAGAAAAGGAAGGAUUUGGACCAUGGUGGCUGGAGGUGGAGCUUCAGUCAUCUACAGUGAUACCAUCUGUGAUCUAGGUGGUGCUAUGGAACUAGCCAACUAUGGUGAGUACUCAGGAGCUCCAUCAGAAUCCCAGACCUUUGAGUAUGCCAAGACAUUACUGAAGCUGAUGACAGAAGGAGAACCACAUGUUGAAGGGAAAAUUCUUAUCAUUGGAGGAGGAAUUGCAAAUUUCACUAAUGUUUCAGCAACCUUCAAGGGAAUUGUCAGAGCACUAAAUAACUUUCAAAAAGCUUUGCUUGAACACAAAGUAGAAAUCUUUGUGAGACGAGGAGGACCCAACUACCAAGAAGGCUUGAGAAUCAUGAGAGAACUUGGUACCCAACUUGGUCUCAACAUGCAUGUGUUUGGUACGGAAACCCACAUGACUGCAGUUGUAGGCAUGGCACUUGGCAAGAGAGAUAUACCUCACAUGGUUGGUGCAUAUGAUUCAAAUGAUGCUGCUAACAUGUUCUUCAAUGCACAAGACAAAGGGUCCUCCCAGAUAGUAAAGAAAGAAAAGACACUUAGCCUGUCAAAUGUAAGCCGUCCUGUGUUGAGCAGAUCUGAAACUGAAGAAGCAAAAUGUCAUCUGUUCCACAAAAACACUCGUGCUAUCAUAUGGGGAAUGCAACAGAGAGCUGUGCAGGGCAUGUUAGACUUUGAUUAUGUCUGUGAAAGAAAGUACCCUUCAGUAGCUGCAAUGGUCUAUCCAUUCAGUGGUAAUCACAAACAGAAGUUUUACUAUGGUCACAAGGAAAUUAUGAUUCCAGUCUAUAAGGACAUGGGUGAAGCCAUGAACAAGCAUCCAGAAGCUGAUGUAUUGAUAAACUUCGCAUCGUUACGAUCUGCCUACGAUGCUACUUUAGAAGCAUUGACCUUCCCUCAGAUUCGUACAAUUGCGAUCAUCGCUGAAGGUAUCCCAGAAGCAAAGACUCGAAUCUUAAACAAAAAGGCCACAGAAAAGGGCGUCGUCAUAAUCGGACCAGCCACUGUUGGAGGAAUCAAGCCAGGCUGUUUUAAAAUUGGUAACACUGGAGGAAUGUUGGACAACAUUCUGGCGUCAAAACUAUACAGACCUGGAAGCGUUGCCUAUGUAUCCCGAUCUGGUGGCAUGUCUAAUGAACUCAACAACAUCAUCGCUAGAAGCACUGACGGGGUGUAUGAAGGAAUUGCUAUUGGUGGAGACAGGUAUCCUGGUACCACUUUUAUCACUCACAUGUUCCGUUACCAAGACAACCCAGAUGUUAAGAUGAUCGUACUUCUGGGCGAGGUCGGUGGACGCGAUGAAUACGAAAUCUGUGAAGCCUUAAAAAGUGGACGAAUCAACAAACCUGUGGUGGCCUGGUGCAUAGGAACAUGCGCAAACAUGUUCACUUCUGAGGUUCAAUUUGGACAUGCAGGUGCCAGCGCACACAAUGACCAGGAGACAGCAGUAGCAAAGAACAAGGCAUUGAAAGAAGCAGGUGCACACGUUCCUGAAAGUUUUGACUCAUUAUUCGAUAUUAUCCGCUCGGUGUACGAGGAUCUGGUUAAGAAGGGCACCAUCGUUCCUGCCCCAGAGAAAAAGCCACCAACAGUUCCUAUGGACUAUCAGUGGGCACAGGAGCUUGGUUUGAUACGUAAGCCAUCUUCAUUCAUGUCUAGUAUCUGUGAUGAACGAGGAGCGGAACUACUGUACGCUGGGAUGCCAAUCACAGAGAUAUUCAAGGACGAGCUUGGUGUUGGUGGUGUGUUGGGCCUCCUGUGGUUCCAGAGGAGGUUGCCAAGUUACGCAUGUUCCUUCAUUGAAAUGUGUUUGAUGAUCACCGCUGACCACGGCCCAGCUGUGUCUGGAGCACAUAAUACCAUCGUUACUGCUCGUGCUGGCAAAGAUCUUGUGUCAUCGCUUGUAUCAGGACUCUUAACCAUAGGAGAUCGUUUUGGUGGUGCACUUGACAAUGCUGCAAAUCAGUUUUCUAAUGCGUUCGAUAACAACAAGACUCCCAUGGACUUUGUCAAUGACAUGAGGAAGUGUGGACAACUGAUCAUGGGUAUAGGACAUAGAGUCAAAUCGCUCAACAAUCCAGACGUGAGAGUCACCAUUAUCAAAGAUUUCGUCAAAAAGCAUUUUCCUUGUACAGCUCUUCUUGACUACGCCUUGGAAGUCGAGAAGAUAACAACAUCAAAGAAACCCAACCUUAUUCUGAACGUUGAUGGUUGUAUUGCGGUAUCGUUUGUUGAUCUACUACGCUCUUGUGGCGCAUUCACUAGGGAAGAAGCAAAUGAGUACAUCCAGAUUGGGUCGCUUAACGGCCUGUUCGUUCUUGGGCGUUCCAUGGGAUUCAUUGGUCAUUAUUUGGACCAGAAGCGGCUCAAACAGGGACUAUAUCGUCAUCCAUGGGACGACAUCACGUACAUCAUGCCAGACCAUCUUUUUCCCGCCAGUUUUGAGUAGUAGAAGCGUCUGCGUAUCUGAUUUUCCCGCCAUUUUUUGCAAUCUAAACAUAAAUCAAACACAUAGAUGAGAUAGAUAACAAAUCAAUGAAAUCUUAGUUGAUUAGGGAAUUUUUAUUACAUUCAUAAAAUAUUUCGCAAAAGCCUAGGUAUAUUUUUUGCAAUUCAUUUUUUUUGGGACAAAAACAUAAACACGGCUAUAUAAUAGCAAAACUAUUAUUGAGGACAAAUCUGGACUAUUUAAAAAUGUUUCUGGAAAUUUGUUAAAGUGCCGAGCUUUCCUAGUUUCCCAUAAAGGUUUACGGGGUACUCCUGGAUCAGGAAUAAAGAUGGUGUUCACCAAGAGACCACAAAAGAUUGUGGUAUGCUUUCUUGUACGCUUAAAGAAAUUUAUCUCUGCAAAUCUAAUGGCACUCGCUUGCAUGCUUGUAAAUGUUUGAACCUCACUUGUUAUUCUGCUGUUGUGUUUCUCGUUGAUGUCGGUGUUUUCUUGCUGCAGUUGCUAUUGUUGUCAAAACUGUUGCUUGUAUUUUGCAAAGUUGAGGUGGCUCAGUUGUUGUUGUUGCUACUGCUGAUGCUUCUAGCUGUCGUUGCUCCUGAUGCUACUGACAUUGCUGUUGCUUAAGCUUCAGGAAUUUAGCCGAGUGUUUGCAACAGCUGCGGAGCUAGUAGCUGCUGCUGAUCAGUUCUCCUAUAGCGGAUGUUGAGGUGGCUUAGUUGUGGUUGCUGUUACUGCUGAUGCUUCUAGCUGUCCUUGCUUCUGAUGCUGCUGACAUUGCUGUUGCUUACGCUACAGGAAUUUUUUGGUUGCAACAGCUGAGCUAGUAUGCCUGCUCAUCAGUUGUUCUCCUAUGUGGAUGCUGCAGUUGUUGUUGCAUGACCUUCUUUAAAUUGCUGAUUGGUAACACUGCUGCCGGUGCUGCUGCUCAUGGUGGGCUCUGCUGUUGCAAGUGCUGCUGUUGCUGCUGCUGUUGUUGUUGCUGCUGCUGAUGGUAGUGGUGUAGUUCCAAUACAGUUCAAUAUUUGGCUCAGUCGAACUGAAACAGGGAGGGUUUUUCAUGUUUAUUGUAAGGAAUGCCGGUUUCAUAAAGCAACAGGCGCCAGUCUUACUGUAGGCCUUUUGUUUGUGAACGGUGAAGUAACUGUUAUUUGUCGAUGAGGUAAUUCAUACGCAAUCAAAUAUCCUAUUUAACUAUUUUAUUUCUAAACAGGAACAACUACAAAUACAGACAUUAAUACCAUUAUCGUUGAAGUGCGACCCGUGAAGUUCAAAUUUCCCCUGCCGCCAGUCGAGGAACUGCAAUAAAACAGCAAUAUCUCGACGGAAAUUUUGGACUUAAUUGAAGAUUUUAGAGGAUUGGAGGAUUAAGAUAUUGCUUUUUCAUUUCGGUUCUUUGACGGAACAGAUGUUGAAAUGCUAGUCGGCGAACGAGACAUUCAACUUCGUGGGUCGCACUUCAACGAUAAUGGUAGUAAGAUUAUUCUUUUUGAGUAAACGUGGUCAGUGCAUUGUCGUUUCGACUUUAAAAUUGAAAUCGCCGAUUUUCUUUUGGUUUUUACUCUAUUUUUUUUUAAUACUCCGAACGAAAGAGCGUUCUCGAAGUAGUUUGCCUAGACUGAAAAUCGUAUAACUGGUAUCAUGAUUGAUUAUUCAGGGUUAAUAAUUCAAGUUUAAUAAGAUAAAAGACAAGUGAUUAAAUAAAGUGCAAUAAAGUUUUCAUUCAGCCAUGUA